AGGGUACAUUUUUAAGUAUAGUAGCAAGCUAAGGUUUAUUUUUUCUCUCUACAGCUCUGCAUCCGCGCAAUGAAACCACGCAUGUGUUCAUCUGUGCUGCGGCAACGUGCAUCAAUUCCUCUUUGACCCCAGAGUUAAUCUGCAUUCAGAUUUAGAUUGACGCUCCAAUAUAUUUCUCAGUUGCUGGAUUUUAGUCUAUUCCGUUGCCGCUGUAUUUAUGUAGUUGUUACUGUUAUUUCUUAAAGUCGGGGAAGCUUGAUUAGAUUCAAUCGGUUUUGUGGCCGUUUUGCUCAACACCGCAGAGGGUCUACAUUUUCCGAACCGAACGCUAACACAAGUUGUUUAGCCUAUGCUAUGUGCGUGAUGUACCACAGUGAGGAUAGACAGUAGUCCAUCUGCAAUAAAGACGAAAAGAAGAUGGUGAUCAUUGCUCCUCCAAAUGUAGCAUCUAAAUGCUCGAAAGCGAUGGCGAAGCCUUCCUUCUCUCUAAAGCUAUUCCUGUGGGUGUUUUUACUCGCUAAUCUUCCUACAAGAUCCCUCCAGACUGAAAAUGACGAUGAUGUGACAAACAAAACGUGGGUGUUGACUCCCAAAGUGUAUGAGAGCGAUGUCACCAACAUCCUAAACAGCCUACUAGAUGGCUACGAUAACAAACUGCGACCAGAUAUAGGAGUAAAACCAACCGUGAUCCACACUGACAUGUUUGUCAACAGUAUUGGCCCAGUGAAUGCUAUCAAUAUGGAGUACACCAUCGACAUAUUUUUUGCCCAGACGUGGUAUGACCGGAGGUUAAAGUUCAACAGUACCAUGAAGGUCUUGCGUCUCAACAGCAACAUGGUGGGCAAGAUCUGGAUCCCUGACACCUUCUUCCGCAACUCCAAGAAGGCCGAUGCCCACUGGAUCACCACACCCAAUCGUAUGCUCCGGAUCUGGAACGAUGGACGGAUACUCUACACACUGCGGUUGACUAUUGAUGCCGAGUGCCAGCUUAAACUGAACAACUUCCCAAUGGAUGAGCACUCCUGUCCGCUGGAGUUUUCCAGCUAUGGCUACCCCAGAGAGGAGAUAGUGUACAAGUGGAAGAGAAGCUCCGUGGAGGUGGGAGACAUCCGCUCCUGGAGGCUCUACCAGUUCUCCUUCGUUGGCCUGAGGAAUACCAGCGAGAUUGUCAGGACUGUGUCAGGAGAUUACGUUGUGCUGACAGUUUUCUUCGACUUGAGCAGAAGGAUGGGUUACUUCACCAUUCAGACCUACAUCCCCUGCACUCUCAUCGUUGUUCUCUCCUGGGUCUCCUUCUGGAUCAACAAGGAUGCUGUGCCUGCUAGAACAUCCUUAGGCAUCACCACUGUGCUGACCAUGACUACGCUGAGUACCAUAGCCAGGAAGUCGCUGCCUAAGGUGUCCUACGUGACGGCCAUGGACCUCUUUGUGUCCGUAUGCUUCAUCUUCGUCUUUGCCGCGCUGAUAGAAUACGGAACACUGCACUACUUUGUAAGCAACAGGAAGCCAAGCACAAAAAAGGACAAGAAGAAGAAAAACCCGCUCCUCCGGCUAUUUUCCUCAAAGACCCCUACGGUGGACAUACGCCCUCGCUCAGCCACCGCCAUCCAGAUGAACAACGCCACCCACAUGCAGGAGCGGGAUGAGGAGUAUGGCUACGAGUGCCUGGACGGCAAGGACUGCACCAGCUUCUUCUGCUGUUUCGAGGACUGCCGCUCUGGGGCCUGGCGGCAUGGGCGGUUGCACAUCCGUGUCGCCAAGAUAGACUCAUACGCUCGCAUCGGUUUCCCCACCGCUUUCGGUCUCUUUAACCUGGUUUACUGGAUCUCCUAUCUCUAUCUCUAGAUCCAGCGUGUAGCCAGACGUAGAAUAUACGUUCUGCUCCAACAAGACCAUUUUUAAGAAGGGGACCCACUGAAAUGUUUUCCUUUUAUUUUUGUUUCUCUUUUAUUUCGUUAUUUGAUCAUUCAUAUUUUUUAAAGCAAAAGUUGUAGCAAACCCAAUAGGCAUGCAGGGAUCUGGAGUCUGAUAGUGGAACUACGACUGUGCUUUGUGUAAGCAAGAACCUAACUAAGCUCACCAUAGUGAUUCUGCAUGACUACGUUUCCCAGAUUCCCCUUGGUCAGGUAUUGGUUUAUGUAGAAGUUAUUCAAUAUCAGGGCCGCUUCAAUGUUUUAUUUGUAUCAGCCCUUAGUCAGCAUAUUAGAUCACAGUUUUUUUGUAUUAACAAGUUACGCAUGCGCUACAGAAGACAAAUGUCAGAUAUGACAUCAGCUUAUUUUCACAUGUUUUUAUUUAUCGCUAUAUUCAUCCAUCCAAAAUACAAAAAGCACUUUAAUAGUUAUAUAGGUUGAACAGUAAGUAUGAUUUUACACUUUACUUUGAUGUUUCUUUUAGCUAACUGUUAAACAUGACUUAAGCAGCGUUAAACAUGACUUUAGCAGUGUGUUAAACAUGACUUUAACAGUGUUAAACAUGACUUUAGCAGUGUUAAACAUGACUUUAGCAG